GGCUGUAGCUGUAGCACGCUAGUUAGCUGUGAUGCUAGGUCCGCGGUAAAUGGGUAAGACUGGUGAAAAUGGGCGAUGAUCUGGACACGCUGCUGGACGAAGUGGAGCGGAAGUUCUGUGGGAAGGUGUCGGUGUCCGCAGGAAAAGGACAAGAACACGAAAAGAAAGCAGACGAACAGAGAAAAAGAAGUUCCAAGAGUGAAGUCCCAGUGAGCAGCCCCAGUGACGAUCUUGAUGCCUUUAUAGACAAACUACUGGAGGAAGACUGUGGGGCUUUGACUCCUACAACAACAGAGCCGUCCUCCAAAGUCGCUGCUGUUGUGAAGAAAUGCUCCAGUCACUCCAGGGGAAGAAAAUGCUGUCCAGUUUUUAUUGGAGGCAGCUCCAUCCAAAGUGGAAUCGGAACCACAACAUCCAGAAGGUCAUGUGACCAGUUGCGGUGUAUGUCAUGUGACUUUGGCGUUUUGGCGUUUGACGACUUUGAGUGGGACCAGAGCUGCGACUACCUCUUCUUCAGGAACAACGUGCCGGAGCGCUCCAAGCUUCAGGCCAAACUGAGGAGGAGUCGUGGGGUUCGCUCGUACUGCUGUCAGUGCAGCUGGACCUCCGUCUGUGAGACAAAGGAACUAACACCACCACUGACAUGGGUGUGUGCCGGGAAACACCAGGACUGAACCAGGACUGAACCAUGGACUGGACCAGGACUGAACCAGGCCUGAACCAGGCCUGAACCAUGGACUGGACCAGGUUUGAACCAGGUCUAAACCAGGUCUAAACCAGGUCUAAACCAGGUCUGGACCAGGUCUGAACCACGGACUGGACCAGGUCUGAACCAGGUCUGAACCACGGACUGGACCAGGAA